UGCAAGGAAGGAGUUGUGUUUGUUGUCGUCCCAGACAGUGUUAUGAGGGACCUGAGGCCCUGCCCCGUGUCCGACCGAGUGGCAAGGUGGAGGGAAGCACAGGCACACAGACCGUGGGUGGGUCUCCUCACCGCAGCUGUGGGCAGUGCGAACACAUAACGCCCUUGGGCUAAAAGUGACUCGUUGACCAAGUUGGAACCGGAAUGCUUUCUUACUCGAAAUGUCUUUUGUAACUAUUGAUUUCUGAAGCUGGUUUUAUGAGCUCUGACAGUGUUACCAGGUUGGGGGUAUGUGUUUAUUUCCUACAAAGUACUUACGGGACUAAUGGGCAAAACAGAGAUUUUUAAGUCUUCCGUAUGCUGUUUGACUUUUAUAUUUUUAAGUUAUAUUUUCAUACUAUUGUAUUUAAAAACUCUUUUUAAUCCCCAAAGAAAUGGGUUUAUUUGCCUUUCAUGGGGUGUGGGCUGGCAGGAGGAAAAGUCGGGAGUUUUUUAUUUGGAAUAUUAUUAGAUGAUGCCCUAUGAUAAGAUGAGACAAAUGAUUGAGGAGGGAAGGAGGAUGGCCCUUCUCUAGAAUCAGCAAACCCAGUGGUUCUGUGAAGGUCAGACCCAAGCUUGGAGCAGCUGGUCUGGAUGCAGAUCCAGGAGCUGCAGAGUGUGUGGAACAGGAAGGGCUCUGCCGAGGGCCCACAAGCUCUAGCAUUCCUGCUGGCAGAUUAGAGAUCUUAAAUUUGACCAAGAAAGGAACUUAGCUAAGAGGUCUUUGUGUCCAGAGGACCCAAGACUACCAGACUUCUGUGCAGUCUGCCUGUCUGCAGAGCCUCCAAUCACGGUUUAAAGAGGUCUCAGCCUCUCAGCCCCCACUGCUGCAGCCUUCAGAGCCAGCCUCUGGACUCAGCGCCAGGAGCCUCUUCUCCUGCUGCCCUGGUACCUGUCAUCCUAGUGUCACCUAUUUGUUUUGCACAGCAUUCUGGAGAACAUCUGCCUCACAAAGUGAUCCUGUUUUUCUCACCCUCCAAAGCUGAGGUGGCUAAGGGAGGCAGGGGUGAGAGAGCUCACUCUCUAAACCACAGGCAGGGCAAGGUGCUUCUAGGCCGUGUCCCCUCCCUGGGGAAUGGUCACUACUCCUCAGCAUGGCCACAGGCCCCUGUGGUUUUGGGAGUUUGCUGAGUGACUGUGGAAUGGGCUGACCCCAGCCGUUUCCCUGCUGUGGAAGCAGCAAGGUAGGGGCACUGCUCAGUGGUUUGUCAAGCUCAGAGGCAGCCACGGAUGGUUAGGAACAGGAAGCCAUACUGCUAAGGUGUAAUGAGCUAAAAGGGAGACAUCCUGGACUUCAAGUGAGACAAGUGCAAAGGAGGCCACUCCACUUAGGACCUUCCUUUUAGACCUGCAUGAACAUGUGUUUCACUUAAGCACAUUGGGUCCGAAUUGUGGCGCAUGAACCCAGCUGUUAAACCAGGUACCCUGGGACUGCCCUCUGCCUCUCAGAGCCCUGCCUGUCCUGGACUUGAAGGCAAAACAUCAGGCAGGCCUUCUCAGCCCAUCUUCGCAGGAGUGCAGAGCCAGGGUGCUGAGAGGAGCAGGGAGUGUAACUACAGUAGGAGGCAACUUUGCUGGUGUCAUUCCUGCUCGGAUUGACUGUGCUCCCUCCCAUCCAUCCACAGCUAUGGUAGCCAGUAUUUCCCCAGCAGCUCUCUAGUGGGGAAGAGUGGCUGGAACCAGGCCAUUCUCAGUCGAAUUUGGGAAGACCAAGACUCAUGUUCCUGACAGGACGGUCAUUCCCUCAUGGCAUCACCGACUCAGUUCUAAUUCCUCCUCUCCUAUUUCAUUUUGGUUUGAACAACCUGUGCCUGCAGCUGUUUCUUCCACCUUCCUGGAGCUCACAAUCGGAGCUUCAUGUUCAGUCUUGAGCUCCUAAUGUUUCCAAACAGGGCAGGAGAUAGGAGAGCCAUAAUCUGUGAAAGCUGUGAAACAAACCCUGGGUUAUGUAGACCUCAGAUGGUCUCAUCUGAAGGCUUGGCCCACUUCCCAGUGAGCAGAGGGUUUGGGGAACAAAGAAGUAGCUGAGGAGUGAUGGUUUUUCCCUGUAUCCUGAUUUUCACAAAGGGCUUUAGUCUCUGAGCUGCAGCUAGUACCUGGCUAGCUGACCAGGGGACGGGGGUCUAAUAGAGUGUCUGACUAUAGGGCACCUCUCGUGUUUGGCCUUCCCUUUCUUGUGUGUUUGUGUGUGUGUGUGCACGCGCACUUGCACACACAUGUACACACACAAAUCUGUAUCCCCAGGAGUGCCUCCUGCAGUCACUGGGGGCUCUUCCGUGGUGUACCAUCCCAUGAGAGCAGAUCAGAGGGCUGUGGUCAGGACUUCCUCCUAAGCUGCCCUCCCUCCCUACGAUGAGUUUCCUCUCCACCUGCUCCAAGGUGCCUUAUGAGGUGCAGCUCUUCACCUGGCCACAUGGCAUCCAUCACCGUGUUGAGAAAUGAUGGGACAUUAGCUGGUUAUUGUGUGCUAUCAGUCUGAUUUGUCCAAAUCUGGACCUCAGCCAAGCCACCUGUGGUGGAACCUUGCAAGUCAAGGUCAUGAACAAAUUUCUUGUAACUAUUGGAAAUAAACUAAUGAGGUAGAACUGUCGUAUCCAAAUGGAAGAGGUGGUUGGUACUGUUAACUUCCUUUUGCUGUCAGAGGGUUGUUGACAAUGGCAAGGGGGGAUGUGAGUGAGAUCCAGGUGGUGGUGGCUUCUUGGUCCACUCAGCUUGCACACUUGCAAGAGGAGGGUCUGUGGCCCCUCGGCCAUGCUGGUGGCCUCCUUCCUCAAGCUUUAACUUGUGUCCUCCCUGGCAACAGGGAGUCAUGAGUUAAUGUCACCUGUCAUGCCUCUUUCUUCAGGGAAAAUAUUAAAAGGCUCAAAUCCAAGCUGUGACUUCCCUUAGGCAGUGUAAGCCUGUAGGGUGCAGCCCCAAGUUUAUGUCCAAAGGCUGCCUCAGAACCCUGGAGGGAGCAGCGCCCAGCUGGCAGCUCACUCUGCCCUUGCAGUUCACUGGCCUUUUCGCAGCCAGGCUAAGAUAGGCAGUGCAAGGAGCUUCCCACUGGCCAGAGCAGCUGCCUCGUAGAAUGUGGGGCUGGCUUUUAGAAGUUUCACACGCUUGCAGCUAAGAGUGCAGAGCUCUCUGUUUUACUUCGUGAAACAUUGGCAGCUCUGAGGGGCUUGGCUUUUGGUAAGGGACUUAUGGUCUGACUUGCCACAAGCACCUUGAGCUCCUGGGUUGGUUGGUGGUUGGUUGGCUGGGUUGUUUUAAAUUUGAUUUUUAUUUUCCUGAAGUUUGUUAGAAGUCAGACCUAUGUGAGCAAAACCAUGGCCCACUUCAGCAGCCAUCCAGUUGGGGGUGCUUAAUCGGUGGUGGUAGGAUUCAUGGAAACGUUUUUUUGAAAUGAAAGAGAUGAUGUACUUACGUUGUAAAAUGGUUUACAAUAAAAUUUGGCAUCUUAUUACAGUUUUUUAAAAAAGAAACCAUCACAUUUGUGGUUGUUGGUUGUGGGUUCUCUGGAGUUGAAACAGCUUGGCAGGGUCAAAAAAGAUUCCUCUGUGAAUUAGAAGGUUCUCCCCAGGGACCGGAGUGAGCAGGAACCUUACGAAGCCUCAUGGCAGGAGUGGGAGCCAGCAGCCCAGUAAAAAGCCAAACAUGCUCUUGCCAUGUCCAUCUCCACUUCCUCGCUAGUGAGAAUUAAAGCAAGUCCGUCUCUGAGGAGGACAUCGUGUUGGGGAGGUAGAGUAUAAGCAGUGAGCAACCCACAUCCUUGUCCCUGAGGCUGUGGGGCUGGAAGGCAGGUCCCUGGGCAGAGCCACAGCGUCAGGUGCCAUCUGCAGGGGCACCCCUGGAGCUAGUGGAAGGCCCCCACGAGGCCUGGCCUGCCCUCGGCUGCCUCUUGGCUCAUGUGCCACAUCCUGGGCAUUCCUCAUGUCAGCACUUGUCUCAGAUCAAGCCUGGCAGUCCUCUCAUUGGCCUCCUGGAGCCAGGGUGGCAGGAGGGGAAUUGGGGUGGGGUUCAAAGUAUGACAGCAAUGGAGUGGCAUUUGGGAUAACCAAAUGUCAGUGCCUGGUUGGGUUCCAUCUGCCUGGAGCCUUCAAGGAUAAAAAUAAUCUCCAUCAUAAACUGAAAAGGACUUCGAUACGUGUGUUACUGGGAGGGCUGCGACCUCCUACGCACACCUAUUCCGCACACCCACCCCAGGCUUAGGCUCCUGGCCUGUGCCCUGGGGGAUCUUCCCCUUGCAAGGAGGGGCAUGUUAGGAGCUUCUAGCAAAGAAGAGCUAAGUGACCUUCUGGGGAGCCCUUUGGCCUGUUCUUGUCUCUGCAGCUUAGUACCUGGAGUGGGCUUCACUCUCCCCCAUCCUCUUUGAGCAACUGAAACUGUUCUGCAGGCCAGCCCCCCUGCGGUGGCCUCACCUACUCGAAGGCCUGAGCCUGAGUCUGUUUCCCACCUCUGUCUCAUCAGUGCUGUCACCAUCGAGCAUGGUUUCCUCCCUGGUCCUUUCCAGACCCCUUACUCCCCACUCGCUGAACUUGCAGUUGGAAUAGGACAGAGGACAAGGACAUCAGCAAAAACAUGAGCAACUCCCCAGGCUCCCUUUACCUCACUUUCUCCACCUGUGAACCUGUGCUAGCCCCUCUCUCUGAGUUUGCCACAAGGGCCCAGUGAGCUUGCCGUAAGCAGAUGCAGCAGACACGGGAAGCUCCUGCUCCGCCACCAUGCAGGGUUGGAAAAUCUCUCCACUGGAAUCCAGGGGAAGGGAUGGAAGAGGAAGAAAAACAAGCUUGGAGCAGUCCAAGCCGGCUAGGGCCCUCCAUUCCCUCAGGGACACCCCACACCCACCCCACACACUGGGAUGAACCCUUGCAGAGGAACAAUUCAGAUGGUCACACAUUCCAGGACCCAAAUCCGUAAACACAAAGCAUGUCCGCCAGUGCCAGCACCUCCCCCCGGCAAAUCAAGCAGCUGUCCCAGAGGGCACAGGGUCUCUGCAGCCAUCUGCUUUCAUCAGGGCUGCAGCCCCCAGGCAGCAGUACUGGGAGCCCCUCUCAUCUCCGAGAAUAAACUCUGAAGCCAGCGACCCUGUGGACCUGAAUCAUCAGGGAGCCUGUCAGAGGAGGGGCAGUGACUCUCUGGGACAAGCAAGCAGGCUAUAUAAGUUUCAGAAGGCUGGGCUCCACUCAGAUCUUUUCCAGCGGCUGCUGCCUGCCAGAGAGGCGCCUUCAGAGACCCAGCACUUACACAAUACCCACCAUGUCCCAGGCUGGUGCUCAGGAAGCGCCUAUCAAGAAGAAGCGCCCCCCUGUGAAGGAGGAGGACCUGAAGGGGGCCCGAGGAAACCUGACCAAGAACCAGGAAAUCAAGUCCAAGACCUACCAGGUCAUGCGAGAGUGUGAGCAAGCUGGCUCGGCCGCCCCGUCAGUGUUCAGCCGCACCCGCACAGGCACCGAGACUGUCUUUGAGAAGCCCAGAGCCGGACCCGCCAAGAGUGUCUUCGGCUGAGAAGCGCGCGCCACUCCCCUUGCUGCCCGAAUGCUCGGAAACAGGAGCCUUUCCCGGGAACUCUUUUUUAUGCCAGAACACUUCCUCUCCCCUGCUAUCUCUGGGGCUGCCACCCUCCCCCACAGUCCAGGCCCUUCAGCCAAGGGCUCUGCACCAGCACUUUGGAAGCACUAAUAAAGAGGAUGCCCGCGUGGCCCCAGCA